AUGUCAAAAGAUACUCCGAAAAAGUUUUGUAGUGCUAGUGAAGAAAGCUACAGCUCGUCCUGCCGUUUAUGUCUGAAGAUUUGUGAUGUGACUUACAUUAAAAAGUUGUUUAGACCUGCAAACGCGAAUAUUCUGAAGCUAGCUGAAGAUUGUUUGGGCGAAUUCCUCGUACGAGACAAAAGCCUGCCUCAAAAUAUUUGCAAACCUUGUGAGAGGCGACUGACCAACUAUAAAGCUUUCAAAGAGCUAAUUUGGAAAAGCCAAGACGCUCUUAAAUCACAGUCUAGAGCGAAAAGAUGCCCUGAGCCGUCGCCUUCUUCAUUGCCUGCAAGAAAGAGGGUUCAACAAGCAGCUUCCUCAACACGACGGUCCAUUUUAUUUUCUUCAAACGAAAAUACGGUAAGUUUAAAAAACUAAUCUGUGUAGGUGCACUACUGUACUUAUUAUAGUUUCCGUUCUUUUUAUACUGGUUAUAUGCGUAAUAAUAAUUUUUAAAACUCAAAAAGUGCGUGCAGAGCUAGGGUUAAUUUUGUAAAUAUAAAAGACUGCUUGGAAAUGUUUCGUUAACAUUUGUUUGUUUUUACCAUAUGUUGUCCUUCAUAGCUAAUUAUAUUUCAAGUUUUGCGACAAGUUUGUGGAUUUUGACAGCUAGAACAACAUUAGAAAAAGUGUAAUUACCGACGGGUGUGAUUGCAACUGUUAACUUCAUGAUAUUUAAACGGAAGCGGCUAAUGAUAGACAUGAUAUAAUAGAAACAAAACGCCUUAGUACUUUUAUACAAUUAAACUUUUAGGCCACAUCAAUCAUUUUUAUUUUUUUGUAUAUUUUAUAUUGAAAUUUUGAAAUUAUUUUGGAGCAAAUCGCAUUGCGUGUUGUGGGAAUAUACGGGAGUCCGAAGGCGAAAUUUGCACAGAUGGCGAUUUUAUCUUUAUAUAAAUUUGUUCACGAACCAACAUACAUUUGACAAACCAGUACAAAAUUGUCAUUUUACUGAUGCAUUGUGUUCAUUUCGGCUUCAGACAGCGUUCUUCUUUAAGGGCAUUCAUACAAAAUAUAAAACCCCCAGCCUCGGAACAUUUUUAAAAUUUAGUGAUACAGUAAUCAGAGAUACAAGCAAUUCGUACUACAAACAAUUCUUCCAAAUUGGGCUCGAAUGUGCAACUAUAUAGACUGCUCUUAGGCUCUGUUCACAUGAUCCCGGGAUAAACAACUGCCCCGCGACAAGUCAUUGACCCGGGAUACUGAUAUCUUCUGUUUACAUGAACAAAACUAGCGCGGGUCAUGCCUAUAAAUAAAUUACGUGGUAAUCAUAAAAUAUUCCCGCCAACGUGAAACGGUGAAAUAUUGCUAAAUAAAAAACAUUCUGAUAAACGCAAGUCGUAUUUUAUGUUAUGAUAUUUACAAAUAGAACGUAAUUGAUUAUCAGCCGUAGUAAAAUGUGCCCAAUUCAUUGUUUCUGUUUGACCAGAUCAAAUUUUUUAGAAUCAUCACUUAUAAAUUUCUAAUGGUAUCUUCAAUCAAAUAACAAGUUUUUGUGGAGUCGUCCAACGUGCUCUAAAUGUAAUUUUAGCCGCGAUUUUGAUCGUUUUACAAAAAAAUUAAUUAUCCCGGUGUCACAGGAGAUUCGCCCCCCCCCCAGGAGAUUCGUCCCCUUCUCAAAAGGGGGGCGAUAUUCCUAGGAAUCUCCUAGGAAUAUCGCCCCCCUUUAGGAAUUUCGCCCCCCCCCCAUAUAAAUUUUGAAUUUUUUAUCUAAAAACAAAACGAUUGCAAGUUGAAAAGAUUUAUUGUGUGAUUUAUUUAUUUAUUACAAGGAGACAAAUCACAUGCACAUUUUAGGCUUCUUAGCAGCUGGUGGUGUGCACAGUCUGCAUAACCAUUCAUUUGAGGUACUUAGACUAGUGUCGUAUUCUACACAUCUAAAGUGGAACCAUUGCCCACAGAGAUCUCAUAAAAUCAUGUCGUAUUCUUCUGGCAGUUACAUUCACAUAACAUAUUAUAAGAACAAUCGCUUGCAAAUUUUAUCAAUACCAAUGUUAACAAUAGCUGCCACAUUAAUCACUUGCUAACAAUAAACUAUAGGAUUAAUAAAAAAUCUAUGGAAUUUGUUGGGAAGCGUAUUGACUAUUGUCCAUUGAAUCGUCAACUUUCCAUGUCAGUGAUGUAAUCUUGAUUUUUAACUUCCGCAAAGAAAAUUGCAUUAUAUAUAUAUAUAUAUAUGUGGUGUGGUUUAUUCAAAUAAUUUCAUGUUUCAUGAUACUUUGAUUUUAUUAGUGCCUUAUUAAACAUUCGAGAAUGUAACUCUGCAAAACUAAAAGCUUUUUUGUCUUUUUUGAAACGUAUAUUAUUGGAGUAUUGCCUAUUGGCAAGUUCUACCCUUCGCUUCUGAAAUUUACAAACUAUAUUGAAAUAAUGCAAGUAAAAAAUAGUGACAACUUGUAAGCCAUACAUUUUCCGAUAACGACAAAAUGUGGAUGCAAAACAAUACCAAUAAUUACAAUAACCACCACGGUGAUUACUUUUUAACAAUGAGUUUAAGGAUUAACACUGAAAAUGCAAAAUAUGCAUGGUGUGCUGUGAAGCGUCAUAAGUCUUAUUCUAUAUUAACUGUGAACUGUGUAAGUCCUUUCGAUACAUGUAAUUGUAAAUUUGUAUUCUUACAGGGCUUGAAAUAACGUUCCCAAAGUUCUCGAUCAUGACUUUCCCUGAUUUUUUCAGGUUGGAAACCGAAACCCUGCUUUUCCGCGGAUCAUAAUCAAUUCCAUGCCGAUCAUUGAUCGGUUGUUAUUUCAAGCUCUGUCUUAACAAUUUUGAAUUGAUACUGAUUUCAAAUGACUAAAGCCAUGUAAUAAUUAUCCCAUGCAACUGUUAGGAAGGUCGAACUUUUGAACGGAGGACAAAAAUCCUAAAGAAAAGGUGAAGUUUCUAAAGGGGGGCGAAUUUCCUAAAGGGGGGCGAAUUUCCUAGGAUUUUCGCCCCCCAGGGGGGGGCGAUAUUCCUAGGAAUUUCGCCCCCCGGGGGGCGAAAUUGUAGGGGGGGCGAAAAUCCUGGGACACCGGGACAAGUAAAAUAUCAUGUGAACAGCGCUAUUCUUUUAUUAAGGAACCGAGACAAUUUUUGUCCCGCGACAAUUGCUUGCCCCGAGACAUAACGCUGUCCCGGGUUCAUGUGAACAGGGCCUUAGGUAGGGUAGGUCGGUUUUAACUUUUUUUUUUAACUUUUUUUUAAAUUUUCCGAAUAAGCGGACGCCAUUUUGUUUUGUCAGUGCUUCCACAUCCAAAGAUAAAUUUCCCUAAUAUUGCCUCAAAUUUCAAUUUUCCACAAACUUUUUCCUCUAAGUGGAAACACUUACAAGCAUGAUCCAAUAAAAAAGUUUAGGGUCGGGAUUUCGACGUCCAAAAGCUAGGUAGGGUCGGGAAACCGGAAACCCACAUAUUUUUUUUUUGGCCUGAGGAUUUGAGGUGUCUCAACAAACUACAAUGAAAACAGGAUUUAUGUACUCAGUGUAGUUAACUAAACAAGUUGAAACAAGUAUUUUAAAAACUUGUGAUUGACUUGUGCAUUCUCGCUGCUCUCAAAUUGACUGUACAUUACUUCAGGAUUGUACUGUACUCUUGUGUAUUUUCUUGGUUUUUACCCUAGUAUUUACAGGUACUAAGAAGCUUGUUAACAAAUAGAUACAUGUUUAGUACAGCAUAAACCUGUUGCUGUAUUCACAUUUGUUUUUGUAGGUUAUUCGAAAUAUGCCUGAAACAGAUCAAGCAUCACAAUUCAUUACUGCUCUUGAACCCUUCUAUAAAGUCGCUUAUGCAAAGGACGAAAAAAGCCCGCCCAUAUUUAAUAUGUUCCGCAAAAAACCCAACUUUACACCAAAAAUGAAUGGACAUGCUACUCCAUUGAACGAAAUUGGUGGUGAACAUAUACUUAACACAAGUCAUGCAAGUGCAAUACAUAGUAUUACUGGGAAUUCUGUUACACAUAACGGACAGCCAAACGGCGAUAUUGAAACUACAAGAUUGUUAAGUAAUGGAGAAAUGAAUGGAGUUAAACCUGGUCCUUCAAAUGAAGAUGGUAAGACAUUUUCUGCCAGUUUGCUAAUAUGCAAAGGCUUUGGUGAACAGUAGGAUAUAGAGGGUGUUUGCACCUUCCCAAUUUACAAAAAUAAUCCAACUGGAAUUCCAAUAGGAAUUUCGAUUGGAAAUUGGCCCAAAUUCCAAUUGGAAUUUAAAUUUUCUUAUUGGAAUCCAUUGAACUUCAGACAGAAAAAAAUCAUUCCAACUUGUCCCAAGUUACAAUUAUGUAGAAUUACGAUUCCACUUGGAUUUUUUUCAUAUGGUUAAUGUUAACUGUCUUUAAAGUCUCGGGCUGAUUAACUGAAUAUCAUAUUUCUAACCAUAAAAGCCUGGUAUUAUUUUAAUUAUAAGCUAAUUAGCAUUUUUUUCAUCAAACCGGAAUUGAUUAGGACUGCGAAUUUCAGAGAUACGUGACAUUAAUUUUAUGUCAUGCAGCACAGAAAAAUCCCUGUUUAGAAAUAUUUCCUGAAACAAUCAGUUGUACAUGUUUUAAAGCUUUCUAAAGAUAAAGUAAUCUAACAUAGCAAUUUUCAACGCGCGCGGUUCCCAAAUUCGUUGCGAACUUGCCAAUUACGUUUCCAAAUUGGACGCGAACUUCGCAACAAAGUUCGCAAGUACAUUUCAAUGUUUGAAAUUCGUUUGUAAACAAAUGUUCACACUCAAUAAUAAUAACCAAUUCAAUAAAAUACAAACCUUCUUGGUAGCCCACUGGACAAGAAUUUCCAUUGAAUUGUUAAUUUCAACUUGAACUGUGAACAUUUGUUUACAGUACUAUUGAAAUGUACUUGCGAACUUUGUUGCGAAGUUCACGCCCAAUUUUCGAACUUGGAAACGUAAUUGGCAAGUUUGCAACGAACUUGGAAACCGCGCGGUGAAAAGUGAUGAAAUCGACAAUAACGUUGUGAUCAACUCCGUUUUCUUCAUCUGGAGUUUGGCGAAAAUCAGUGGAAGAAUAUCGAUAUUAUAUCAGCAUUCGAUCAUUUUCAAUCAAUUAUCGCAACAGGCUGGAUUUAAACCUUAAGUUAAAGUUUGUUAGUGAGUACUAUAAUAACUUCUUUUUGUAUGUUAUAGUUACGAAUCAUGUCGUCGUUAUAAAUGGAGGUUCUGAUGUAAUAGAGUUGAGUGACAGUAAUAAGGAGAGCAAUGAGAGCAACGGUAAUAAAGACAGUAAUGAAGAUGACGAUGACGACGACGAUGAUGAGUUAUUCUGUGAUUCUCUUGGUCCAGAAUUACUGGAAGAACAGGUAUUGUAUACAGGCUAUUGAUAUUGGCUUUGAAUGAACGUGGAUAAAAGUAUAUAAGAAUAUAUUUGAAGUGUCAGUUAUGCCAUGAUUUGGAGGUGAACCACAAUAGACAAAUUUGGCUAACGUUUGUUUAUAUACCCAAUUCAUAAUUUUAGGCCUGUUUUAUACGUCGAAUUUUGGUCGCGUCGAAUGCAAUUAAGACAAUAGAUAAUGAGAUGAUAAACCUCAUUCAGCUUCGUUAUCUAUUGUUUGAUUUGCAUUCGACGCGACCGAAAUUCGACGUAUAAAACAGGCCUUAGAUAACUCAUAUGCCUAGUUACCAUUGCUCUAGUUUACAGAAGCAUAGAAUAGAACAUAGGUAACUAAGCUUUAAAAUUAUCGUCGUUUUAAAUUUGUCGAUUUCAUGUCACUUUUCAAAGCGCAGUUCCCAAGUUUGUUGUCAACUUGCCAAUUACGUUUCCAAAUUCGGAAGUUGGGCGGGAACUUAUUUCAAAGUUCGAACUUCGAUUGUAAACAAAUGUAAAAAUUUCAUUUAUAAAUUUACUUAAAAAGGCAUUUUUCGUCUUGGGACGAAAUGGACCAAUAUUUUACUGCAGUAAUAUGUGCAUAGGGCCUUAUACAGUAAUUUCAACUCCAACUAUGAACAUUUGUUUACAAUCAAAGUUCGAACUUUGACUGAACUUGCGAACUUUUUUGCGAAGUUCACGCCCAAUUUCCGAACUUGACAACGUAAUUGGCAAGUUCGCAACGAACUUGGGAACAGCGUGUUGAAAAGUUACCUGAAAUCGACAAUAAAAUAAUCUAAUACAUAAUUCUAAUGCUUAUUUACCAUUGUUCUAUAUUCUCUGCUUCUGUGAAUAAUCGUGACUAGGCAUGUGAGUUUCUCUAAAGUUGUGAAUUGGUAGCAACGAUGUAAGCAACGUUAGCCAAUUUUGUCUUUUGACUCCAAUAUAGAAAAUCGAUGUCCAAUAGCUGUGAUGACCCCUUUGACAAUGGCUUUGAUAAACCUUGUAUGUUCGUGUGUCCUUGUAUCGGUCAUAUAAGUUGUAAUCUUUUCAUCUGAAUCGCCUGAGGAUGGAGUAACUUCGAAACGUCGUUUUAAUGAAAUAAAUGUCAAGACUAUAUUUUAAUAAAAUGAGGCUAAAGGCGGUUUUCCAGUCCUUGCAUCUAAUUAAAAUGAACUGUUUAGCAUUGUGAUUGGAUGAAAGUGCCCAUGCAUCACUCGCAGCGAGCUGCGAGGAGCUUCUUGCGAGGACUGGAAAUCCGCCUUAAGAGAAAGUUCGUUACCAAAUAUUUUGAGGAACCAAUCAAAAUGCUUCAAAAUAUUUUAAGAAGUAGACGCAAAUUUUGGGGGUGAAAAGCAAAAUCACGACCAUUGGACAGCAAAAUCAGGAGGUGAGAUCAAAACCAGGAGGUGGAAAACAAUGCAUAGCAACGCCUCGGCGAUCAUCGAAACAGUAUACGAAACACCUUUAUGAGACAAUAUCCCUAGUCCUAUACUGCUUGACAUGCAUUGGGUUGGGAGCCACUCAAAACAGAAAGGAAGAAAACUAAAAACAAAAGUGAUGUAUAAACUGUUAAAUAAUAUGGGUUCCAAAUCACUCACUAAUCUUUUUUCAUACAAAAAUGAGAAAAUGAACUACAACCUUCGGGGCAUGUCAAGUGGUCUUAGUUUACCAACCACGUACUAACAACAUGAAAAAUGGUUUUAUUAAUGGCGGAGCAUACACAUUAUAUUCCCAAAGAAAUAAGGGAGAGCAGACUCUUUCUUCCUUUCAAAAUAAAAUCGCUGCUCACAUGAAUGAGUACAAAGUAAAUUGAUUACGUGUGAAUAGUCUAACGUUAUUAUUAUGUAAAUAAUUUAAAUAUUCCAUCUUUUAAAACAUAGCACUUCUAAAUUGUAACAUUUUUUAAAAUUUUUUCCACACACCCCUCGUGGAAAUCAGCUUCGGUUGACGAGGUCAGCGUCAAAAAAAAGUUAUCUAUCUAUCUAUCCAGUCCACUCCAUGCAGACGUACAAGCACCUCCUGUUUCCAAAUUACCUAAAAUGAGAGUCUGAAUGCGUUACCUGAGAAUACUGACAUUUGCCGCCACUUUGACUGAAAACUUACAAAAUAUCUUAAUUGAGAGGUGACAAACGAUGAAACAGCAAUUUGGAACCGACAUCUUACAAAAUAUCUCAUUGAUUAGCUCAAUUCACAUUUGGCUUGAAUUUAAGUUGAUAACUCGCAUUCAAAGACCUGCAUAAAGACCCUCUAAAAUGGAAUAAUAAAAUUAUUCUAUUGGUUUUACUUGUAUUUUACAGAUUGGUCGAGAACAGAUGCUCCAUUCAGGAAUGCUGGAAUCAGUACUGGAGGAUAUAGUUCCAAGUGAUAGAAAUCUCUCUAGCUUUUCCGAUGUUGAAAUUCUUGAACAGUUUGAGCUGAAGAAAAAUGGAGCCAGUGAGGGUGAAACAAGUAGUCCGCAUUCAGAUAAGAUGGUUCAUGUUCACUUUGAAGAUCUCAACACAUCUCAAGGUGAAAGUGAAGGUACCAACGCACCUGAGGAGAUAUCAAGAGAACUUAGUAGUAAGGAAUGUGUGGUGCAGCCUAACCAACUUGGAGCUGGUUCUGGUGGUGGUGAUACUAGAGGACUGAUGAGAGCUACCGCUUCAGGUGGAAAACAAACACAAAGAAAUGGUAGGUACUAGGUACUGCUGUUGUGAGACGGCAGGAAAAUAGCAAAUUUGAAAUUUGUCAUGUUUUCGUUCGCUACUUACUGCUUUUUGUGCAGAAUUAGAUUUCAUAUUUGAAGUUUGUUUAUAGUUCACGGCAACCAAGUUUAAUAUCGAUCAUAUUUUCGCUGGUCACUUUAAUUGGUUUUUAAGUAAAUGAACGCAAAGCCCAUUCACAACCUCCACCAGUAUCUCUAACGUGUCCAACUGCUAAGUAGUUCAAUAGAUCAGGAAAACAUUUUUUGUAAUCUGUCGUAUAUUUUAACCAUUUUUAAGAAUCCGUGCAUCUUUUAUCUUAUUCUUACUGGAAAUGUCCAAACAACUUUUAUCAUUAUUUGUAGAUUUUAGGUAAGAACAAAACUGUCAAAAGUCCGCGAUACCAUAGUGCGACACUAAUCCUUUAAGGUAUAAAGUCUAAGCGACCCCACCCUAACAGAAAAGGUGAGCCUAUAUGGCGGCCCAUAAAAUGGCCGCCAGCAGGAAUUUGGGCCCACAAUACCAUGGUGUGACACUAAAGGCCAAUUUCUACUCAGGAAAAUUUUCCGCAAAGAAAAUUUUGUAAAAUGUGAUUGGCCGACACAAAUUUUCCGUCGGAAAAAAAUUUUGACGUUGAAAAUUUUCACAAUGAUAUUUAAAAAUGGGCCCUAAACCUUUAAAAUAGGCUUUCGACUAUACCAGGCAUGGUAUAGUCCCUGAGGUAUCAAUAAUUUUCCCCAUCAAUCAUCCUUAUAUUCCUUCUAUGUUUAUGUAUUCCUAUUUUCUGCAGUUCAGUAUUCAGACAGAUCUGCGAGAUAUGGUCAAAGAUAUCGAAGAAGAAGUCAAGAAAGUGAUAGUGAUGAAAGUCCUGGAAGAUCAGAUCAUAAUUCAAGUAGUGAAAGAGACGAUGCAGCGAUUGAUAAGAUUGCAGAUCUUCUGAUGGAAAUUCAAGAUAACAUGAAAAAGAUUUUGGAAAGGCUAAAGAGACUAGAAACAUCAUUACAACAAAGUCAUAGUACUGUAAGUAUAACAUCGUGUAAUGUAUGUUUUCUUUGGAUAAUGUAUAAUAUUACUCUAUUAUCAAGAGCAAAAGGAUUGUGCGAAACCGUUACUGUUUAUCCAGGUGAUCUCGUGUUCGUAUUUUAGCCAAUCAGCGCUCAGAAAGGGUUGUCCGAAUAGAAAUCUAUUUCGAUGUAUUCAGUCAAUUAUAUCUUUCGUUAUUCUUUAUGAAACUAGUUGAAAUUUUGUAAUUAUAUUUGGUUAUGAGAACUAUAGCUCUGACAAAAAUAUGGAAUCGAAAUAAAGUAUAUCACAGGAGAUAUUCAGUUGUUUUAAUCACAAAAUGGAUUUCUAUUUGACAACUAGACUGAACUAGUGCCAGUACUUUUCCGCGUAUCAAGAUCAUCUGGAUGUUAUAGAGAGUUGAGAUGAAGCAAAUUUAUUCAGGAAUGAUUGUCAUUGAGUUGCCAACCCUGUGUUCGUACAUGCCUAUGCAUAAUAAUACUACCGUAAAACUCUGGUCAAUAUUAAAAUUGAUUGGAGUUGGCAAUUGGUUUAUUAAGAAAACUGAUGAGAGUUGGCAAUUUGGAUGCAUGAGAGUUUCUCUCGUGCUUGGGUCAAAAGAGAACAAGAGUCGCGUGAGCGUUGACUGGAUACCAGCAAAAAUUCUCGUUGACUGUCAUUAAAAUUUGAACCAGCCUAAAUCAGCCUUCGUCAAUUCUCGUCCUCGUUUGACAGAGACUUAAAUUAUUGGCUUGCUAUAUUAUAUGUUAAUACGUUUUUUUUUAAUUAUCCUUUUUCCCUUUAGUCUUGGCUCGAAAACUAUAGACCAUCCAAGACCUUUGUAUUUCUAAUCCUUUGGCCUGUCAUUGUUAACUUCCUCUUCAAGUUUUUACGACGAAGGUACAGUUUUUGUGAAUAAUGUUGGAGGGUUCGGGUAGAUGGAAAUCUCGAGUGUAAGUUUUAUAUAUUUUUAGACCUAACCACAGAGCUUGCGGUUACAACUGUAUAACUCAGUUGGUUAGAGCCAGGGCUUGAAUUUUAUCGCGGCAAUUACCGUAGAGGGGGAACAAAAUGCCGUGGAUCUUUGCGGCAACGACGGCAAUUUUUUGCCGUAUAGUAUAAUUUUUAUACUAUUCACCGUGCAUUACUAUUUUGAUACUUGAAUUCAGAUCGAUGUUGAUCAAAUCAUGCGUAAACUACUAUUUUUUCUACUACGAGUUUUCUUCGAAAAAAAAACACUAAAGAAAUACGUAAACAUGUUUCUAGCUUGUCAGCAAUCCAAAUAACAAUAAAAAUUAAAUUUUUAUUACAGUAAUUUGAAAAAAUGCCGUGGAAACUGCCAAAAUUGCCGUAGACAGCUGUUAUGUUCUACGGCAAUUUUUAACGCCAUUGCCGUCGAUUGAUUUCAGGGAAAUUCGAGGCCUGGUUAGAGCCUGGCCACCGGAAUCGCAGGGCUGAUUCCUGUCAGAGGGCCUAUAGUUGCAUUUUUCGCAACUGCUCGUGUGUAAGGUCUAAAAAUGUAUUUAAUUUACACUCGAUAUUUUCAUCAACAGAAACCCUCCAACAUUUAGAUCUGCCGAGUGAGAUGCCCAAAGUCCUGAUAUUUUUGUGAAUAAGCCUAUUUGAUAAAGAAGUUAAAGAUGCAUGGCAAAACAAAGAUAUAGAUUCUCUUCUCUCCUCUCCUCCGUAGAUGCUAGUUUUGCUUUUCCCAAGAAAAACUAUAGCCUUUGCGCUGCAGGGCGGAACUCUCUCUUAUAUAAGCGCUCUCGUUUCUCAUGCACCCAUCCCAAGCUACGUUAUCUAGUGCUGUGCCUCAUUGUACAAUGUAUUACUUUUUUAUCGAUUCGCUGAUACGUCAAAACAGCGAGUUACUAGACGACAUGUUAGUGGAUUUUCAAAACAAUGAGGGGUGAUUGUGCAUCCCAACCAUCCUGGAUCGUGACAGGAUGUUACGACUGUUAUGCUACGAGUGUUGUGCAAACUAAAAAGUCCAUUCCCCAGCAUGCCACUUAAUCCAACUAUAGGAAAAUAUUAAACGUCAUGUAUGUCACCUCUUCUUGUAAAUUGUAUCUUAAAUUGGAUCUUAAUAUCUGUUUAUAUUUUACAGAUUUUUUAAGAAAAGGUAGCUGUUACAGUAAAAUAGUGGAAAUUGAAUUUGUAAAGUAACAAACGCCGAGCAGGUUCUCCAGGGAUGAGGGACCACAAAAUGUGCACUUGUUGCAAAACCCGUCAAAUGCCUGAUUUUACACGUCAUCAGAAUGGUUUUAUAAUUAUUCAGAACGUAUAUUCAUUCCAUUUGGAAUUUACAAAGUGUAACUGAUUAAAUACAGUUUAUUUAAUUAUACAAUGUAAUUAUACAAUGUAAUUCAAAAUUAUUAACACUUGUAAAUAAACUUUGUAGUUAUGCUUGUCUAUUAACUAUAAUGGAUAAAUUUGACAAAACUGUUCGACUGCCCCAAAACCUAAUACAGGGACUUGCGCGUUUAUCCGGACAAGUUUUUUAAAUAGGAAAAAUAAAAAUAGGAGAUUUUGAGUUUCUGUAUACAGGCGCAUCGACAUUGUAUACGAACGCAAAAGGGAACUUAGAGCAACAGUGUUAUAAUUUAGUAAACGUUAAUUUUCAAUAACUAAUGUAAAGGUGUAUGCUGUUCAAAAGUUUCAAUUAGACGUUGAGCUGUUAUGAAAAAAGUUAUAAACCUUCCUGGCCGUUUCUUGAUCCAAACUGCAGUCCAUGAGUUGCUGUAUAGAAGCUUGGGCAAUGUUUGAAAGGCUGUGGCAACCUUGAUGAAGUACAAAGCAAUCUUUAAAUUUAUUUAAGGAUCAAAAAUAAAAGUUCAUGAUGG